UUCCAGCUCAUUUUGAACCCCAGAACCGCCUCUUUUUCUCUUCCUCUCAUUUACAAAAAGAAUUGGCCGAAACCAAGUUUCAAAUAUUCUUCUCUUUUGUCAUCCCAACUUGGUAACCCUUCAUCUCAACACAAUCCUUAAUGGCUAAGCGUCAGUAUGAAGUUUGGCAGGGCAAAAAUAAAUUUAUUUUCAAGGGAAGGUUGAUAUUUGGUCCAGAUGCUAAGUCACUGAUUGUCACCUUACUGCUCAUCAUUGUUCCCGUUAUUAUCUUCUGUACAAAUGUUGCAAGGAACCUCUUUGAUGAAACGUCAGGAAAUAUCGCUGGCUAUGCCAUUUUAAUGGUGACAGUAGUUUUCACAAUCUAUGUAUUAGUAUUGCUGCUUCUAACGUCGGCCAGAGACCCUGGAAUUGUUCCUCGCAAUUUACAUCCACCGACAGAAGAAAUAUGUUACGAUUCCUCAGCUUCGAUUGAUAUUGGGAGACAAACACCAACCCCACGACUGCCACCCACAAAAGAAGUCAUUGUCAAUGGUGUGCCUGUUCGGGUGAAGUAUUGUAUCACAUGUCAGUUGUAUCGUCCACCUCGUUGCUCACAUUGCUCUGUAUGUGAUAACUGCGUGGAGCGAUUUGAUCACCAUUGUCCUUGGGUAGGCCAGUGCAUUGGAUUGCGCAACUACCGCUCUUUCUUUCUGUUCAUUUCAUCAUCGACCAUCCUCUGCAUCUUCAUCUUUGCAAUGUCUGCCUUGAACAUAAAAUUCCUUACCGAUGACUAUGGAACGGUGUGGAAAGCAAUAAAAGAGUCCCCGCUUUCACUGGUACUAAUGGUUUAUUGCUUCAUUUUCCUUUGGUUUGUUGGAGGACUUACCUGCUUCCACUUGUAUCUUAUUGGCACGAACCAGACCACGUGUGAGACAUUUCGGAUUCGGUACCAAGGACAAGGACUGGCAAGGCCCCGAGUAUACGACCGUGGCUGCUUCAACAACUUUCGACAAGUAUUCUGCUCCAAGAUAAAGCCUUCGAGAAACAACUUUCAUGCUUAUGUACAAGAAAACGAAACAGGGUUUGGCCGGGCCAUGAACUCGGGAGGUGAUUUAGAGGGAAACCGACGAGAAAAAGUAGAAGAUGACCGAGAAAUAGGCGGUGACCUUCUCAAGAUAUCCCAACGCCGUGAAGCUGAAGAUGUUUAAGAGCAACCUCAAGCAGCAGCAGCAGCAACAGCACAACUAAAUCCCUUCCAAGGCUAGCUCAGUUCCUUUGGGAUAUGACAAAAUAAAAAAACAAAAAAGGGUGGCUAACUUAUCUUUGCCUACAAAUCCUAAGGGCAUUGGUAGCAAAAGAAUUUUGAAAGGUACAGCAUCAUAGAUUAGCAGUAGCACUAGCACUGAUUGUUUCAUCACAGAUCAUAUACUUGCAGUGCAAACCCAAUUUAGUGU